AUGGAUUCAGAUGAGAAUACUUCAUUAUUAUCUAAUUCAAGAAGAUCUUCUCAAGCUUUUUUAGAUCAACAUGGUUCUUUUAAAGGUUCAAAUUCAUUACAGAAUUUUGCGUCUUCAUUUGUUAGAUCUACAAGUUUUGCUGCUAAUAAGAUAGAUAAUGAUAUUCAUAAAAAGAGAUCAUUUUUCACUCAAACUUGUCCAAUAGAUGGUGGUUCAGCUUUAAUUGAAGAUGAAACUUUUGAUCCUGAAUUUAUGAUUCCAAGUUAUAAAGGAGAAAGAUUAUCUAGUGUAAUUCAUGAUUUACAAUCUAAAAAUUCUUUAUUUUUAAAUAAUGCAAAUGAAAUUGAUAAUUAUUUAUCUGGUAGUAAUAAUGAAAUAUUUUAUCAUGAUGAUAUUUUGAAAGUUUUAAAUGAUACUAGAUCAAGACAAAAUAGUAAUAGUAAUAAUCCCCCCGGUGCAAUUCCAAUUAAAAAACAAAGAUUAUUCAAACCACAAUCUUUUAGUUCUUUAAGAUCUAAUGCAAUUUCAUUAACUCCUUCAAUUAUAAGUUUUAAAAAAAUUGAAGAUGAAAAUGGAAAUAUAGUUACUAUAUUACAAGGUCAAUCUACAGCUCCACAAACUAUUUUCAAUUCUGUUAAUGUUUUAAUUGGUGUUGGAUUAUUAGCAUUACCUUCAAUGAUGAAUUUAUGUGGUUGGGUUUUGGGUAUUUCAACAUUAUUAAUUUGUGGUUUAACCACUUGUUAUACUGCUUCUUUAUUAUCAAAAUCAAUGGAUACAGAUAAAACAAUUAUGACUUAUGCAGAUUUAGGGUAUGCAGCAUAUGGAUCAAAAGCAAAAUUAAUAAUAUCAUUAUUAUUUUCAAUUGAUUUAUUAGGAGCUGGUGUUUCAUUAAUUGUUUUAUUUAGUGAUUCAUUAUAUGCAUUAAUUGGGAACAAUCAAUAUUGGAAUAAAACAGAUUUAAAAUUAAUUUCAUUUGUUAUAUUAACUCCAUUUACAUUUUUACCAUUAUCUCUAUUAUCUGUUAUUUCAUUAUUUGGAAUAAUUUCAACAAUUUCAAUAACUUUUUUAAUUUUCAUUUGUGGAUUAAUUAAACAAGAUUCACCAGGUUCAUUAAUUCAAUUCAUGUCUACUAAUAUAUUCCCUUCAAAUUGGAUGGAAUUUUUAGUUGGUAUUUCUUUAGCAAUGGCUCCAUUUGGUGGACAUGCAAUUUUUCCAAAUUUAAAAAGUGAUAUGAAACAUCCUUAUAAAUUCAAUAAUACUUUAAAAUAUACUUAUUCAAUAACUAUAAUUACUGAUUUAUCAAUGGCGAUAAUUGGUUAUUUAAUGUAUGGAAAUAAAAAUUCAAAUGAAAUUACAAAUACUUUAUUAUUAACUAAAGGUUAUCCAAUUUGGGUAUAUCCAUUAAUUUCAGGAUUAAUUUGUUUAGUUCCAUUAGCAAAGACUCCAUUGAAUGCAAAACCAAUAAUACUGACAUUAAAUUCAAUAUUAAUUACUAAAAAUAAUAAUAUACUUAAUUCAGUGAUUAGUUUCUCGAUUAAAAUUGGAGUUAAUUUUACAUUUGUUGUAUUGGCUAUUUUAUUCCCUGAAUUUGAUAAAAUUUUGGGAAUGUUAGGUGCUUCAAUCUGUUUCAUAAUUUGUAACAUUUUACCAAGUUUAUUUUAUCUAAAAUUAUGCAAGAAUAUAAACAUAUACGAAAGAUUAUUCGUACAAUUGAUAAUCAUAAUUUCAUCAAUCAUUGGCAUUUUUGCAACUUAUGCGGUCAUUAUUUAUUAA